AAAUUUUAGAUCGGUGGAGAUUGCGCUGGGAGCUGUUUAUCCGGAAGUGCUGCUCUCUAAACCUCUGGAGAGAUGGUCGCCAUUCAGUGCACCCAUUUGGAGAGUUUUAAAAGCACCACCCACUCUUCCUCUCUGUAUCCAGCCACUUGUUCGGGGAGCAGGAAAGUCUUGGAGGCACCGUAAUGCCGGCACCAGAAAAUGUCUCUGACAACUAUUUUGUGGCCCGUUCAGUCUAUUCCGAAAAUAGUUUCCUAGAGGAAAAUGAAAGAAAGGAAAAGGUCCCUAAAACUUUACGUGACCGGCUGGCCAAGAGGUGCAGUUGCUCUGCUAAAAGGGUUAUGGGUAUUAUUAAAAAUCUGCUUCCGAUACUGGAUUGGUUGCCCAAGUACAAACUGAAGCAAUGGCUGCCUGGAGACAUUAUUUCUGGUCUGAGCACUGGUCUGAUUGCAACAUUACAAGGUCUGGCUUUUGCUCUUUUGGCUGAAGUCCCUGUUGGCUAUGGUCUGUACUCUGCUUUUUUCCCCAUUUUACCAUAUUUCUUCUUGGGAACAUCAAAACACUUAGCUGUGGGUCCAUUUCCAAUUACCAGCUUGAUGAUAGGGUCUUUGAUUCUGUCAUUGACACCUGAUGAAAAUUUCAUGAUGUCAAGCAAUAUGACAGAACUCAGUAAUGGCACACUUGUGGAUAUUGCUGCCAGAGAUGCCCAGAGAGUAGUCAUUGCAUCCUCUGUCACUGUUCUUGCUGGCAUUAUACAGCUUGUGCUUGGGAUUCUGCAAGUUGGUUUCAUUGUUCGGUACCUCUCCGUCCCCUUAGUGGGAGGAUUUACAACAGCCGCUGCCUUUCACGUCUUUGUCUCCCAGUUGAAAAUAGUUUUAAGUGUGCCAACAGAGAGUUACACUGGAGUCCUUUCUGUCAUAUAUACUCUUAUUGACAUAUUUCGCAACAUUCGACAAACUAAUAUUGCAGACCUCAUUGCUGGUUUGAUCACCUUUGUCUUGUGUGUAAUUGUGAAAGAAAUCAACACUCGUUACAAAGAAAAAAUUAAAGUGCCUAUUCCGAUUGAAGUAAUUGUGACUAUUGUAGCAACAGGAAUCUCAUAUGGUGCUAAUUUGGAACAAAAAUAUAAUGCUGGUAUUAUCAAAAGCAUUCCAACAGGAUUUUUACCACCAACACCACCAGAUGUGAGCAUGUUUAGUCAAAUGGGAACAUCAGCCUUUUCUAUUGCUAUAGUGGGAUAUGCUGUGGCUGUUUCUGUUGCUAAAGUUUUUGGUACCAAGCAUGACUACCCAAUUGAUGGAAACCAGGAAUUUAUAGCUCUGGGAAUUUCCAAUAUUUUUGGUGGCUGCUUCUCGAGCUUUUUGGCAGGCACUGCUCUGUCCCGCACAGCUGUACAGGAAAGCACAGGUGGAAAAACUCAGAUUGCUGGGCUUUUAACUGCAGUAAUUGUGAUGAUUGCCAUCCUGAUAGUUGGAAAGCUACUUGAACCUCUGCAGAAGGCUGUACUGGCAGCAAUUGUCAUUGCCAAUUUGAAGGGAAUGUUCUGGCAAUUCUUUGAUGUUCCUGUGUUGUGGAGACAAAACAGAGUUGAUUGUCUGAUAUGGAUUGUGACAUGGAUUGCUUCCAUCCUUCUGGGAUUAGAUUUGGGGCUUUUAGUUGGUGUGUGCUUUGAACUUCUUACUGUUGUCCUUAGAGCCCAGUUCCCAGUUUCCACUGCUCUAGCGAAUGUACCAAACACAGACAUUUACAAGAACUUGAAGAGAUAUAAAAAUCUUGUUGAACCAACUGGUGUGAAGAUCUUCAAAUUUUCUUCUCCUUUGUUUUUUGGAAGUGUUGAUUACUUUAAAGAGAGAAUCAAUGCCAUUGUUGGAUUUAAUCCAGCUCGAGUGUUUAAUAAGCGAACAAAGGCAUUGAAGAAGAUUCAAUCACUUAUAAAGAAGGGUCAAUUAAGAGCAACAAAGGACGGGAUUGUAACUGAUGGAAGUGUUGCCAAUGAAGCUUUUGAAGAUGACGGGGAAGCUGAAGAAGAACCAGAACCAGAUGUUCCAACAAAGGAAGUGGAAAUCCAAGUUGACUGGAACUCCGAACUCCCGAUCAAAAUCCUGGUUCCCAAAGUUACCAUUCACAGCCUUAUUUUUGAUUUCAGUUCAGUGUCAUUUAUAGACAUUGUUGGUGUCCGAAUCCUUAAAAUGGUGGUAAGGCAAUUUGAACGAAUAGGUGUUAAGGUUUAUGUGGCAGCAUAUGAAGAUCACAUUGUGAAGAAAUUGGAGAAGUGUGGCUUUUUUGAUGAAAAUGUGAAGAAGGACAUGCUUUACCUCACCAUUCAUGAUGCUGUUGUUCACAUACACACUCAGACUAUGUACAAAGAUAUACAAGAUCCUAUAUUUGAGAAGAUAUCACUCAUGCAAGAAUCAAAAGAACCUUUGGAAGAAGUAGAGGAUGAUGUGGAAGAACUGGAAGAUCAGAAUCAGGGCCACACUGGAUUCAGCUAUUAAAGCUCAUUGAUCCAGAUGAUUUUGAACAGAAUUCCCAAGGCAUAUGUACAUGUCAGUUAUUCAGCUGUUGUUAUGAAUUACAGCCUUAUUGGUGUUUUCUAUACCAUGCAGAUGUUUUGCUGUUUAUAUGGAUAGACAAUGAAUGAUCUUUGAUAUAAAUCUAACAGAUUCUCAAUCUAUUUUUUUAAUGUUUAAAACAUGUAUAGAAAUCCUAACUUGUAAUUCCUGCAAUGGUGAUAAUUGGUUGUUUUGGUCUGGGAAUUGAUUAUUUCAUUGUUUUAUGGUAUAUUAGGCACCAUUUUGUUCUGCAACUAGAGACAUGAUAUGAUCGAUGAAUUGGAAUGGUGGUAUUGCAUUGCCCAGCCUGAUGUACUCUGUAGUCAUGUUCUGUACACGAUUUAGAUCUGAAACAGACUGUUCACAUGUUGCUGGUGUCCACUUUGCAUUGUUCAUUUUCUGUCUACAGUAGAUUGAUAAUUUUGCAGAAUUAAGCUUAAUAACAUUGAAAGUACAUUUAAUCAACCAUAUCUUGCCAGAAUCGUAGGACCAGAAUUGUUACACAUCAAAAACAUAGCUAACUUUUGUGCCAUUUUACUUUAUAAACAGUACAAGCAUAUGAUUUUUAGAAAUAUAGGAGAACUUCAAAACCAAUUAUUUUCUGCAAGGCAAGCUCAAUGGAUUGUUAGACACUUUCUAUUGUAAAUUUAUUCAAAAUCCGGUAUAACAUAAUUAGUGCAUAAUGUAUACUGAACAUUGCAUAUUAGAGGAAAAAACAUGGAAUUGUCAAAUCUUAACUCUGUGAAUUAUUUUAUUCUAGAAUUAUAUAAAAAUAUGCUUAGUUAAUGUGGUUCUCCACUUUAUUGAUACCAAAGUCUCUUUAGUCACACUGAGAAAUAAAGUGUGAUGAAGAUCAGCAAGAAAACUGUCUUUAAUUUGGGAUUUUUGCUUUUGAUCCAACCCAUAAUAAUUUUUGAGGAUGGAUGUGAUGAGUUUUCUUUCCUUGUGGGAGAACAUUUACUAUUUUAUUUUAAAUUUAGCCACUGAAUAUAAUAGCAGGUAUCUCAAAAAUUCAGGACCUAUCAUAUCACUUAAUCAACCCAUACUUGCUUUCAAGGGGCCAUGUCAUUUGAAAUGAUGGAUAUGGGGUGAGAAUGAAUGCAGAUUAUUUAACCAUGCUGUGAUUGUAAAUUUGAAGGAUAAAAGUACAAUACUAACAAAUGCUGAAUUAAACAAAAGACUGGGAAGUUUUUUUAGUUAUAUAGCCUAAAGUAUAUGUUGCUUAAGCUCUAGUAAAAGUAAUUAGUGUUCUGUUUGUAACAUCAAAGUAAUAACUCUGCUACAGUAUUCCACUGUGCAUAGGUUACAGUUAGAGGAUAUGUGGGGCCUGGUUUUAAGAUUGGCUUUAUAUUCCAUUUUUAUUUCAUUCCACUGGAGGUUGUUAGAGUAUUAUUCCCUCAGAAAUGUCCUCAUUGUUGAUUGGCUAGAUGGAAAUUCUAAUAGAGCAAAUGGGCUUGACAGCUGAAGUCUUUUUUUUCCCUUUUGAUUUAAGAGCUUUAGGAUAGGGUUGCUAUAACUUUACUGUUCUGUAAUUGAAGGAAGGAGAAAAGUUGAUUAAUUUCUUUUAUGAGCUUAAAGUUUGCUACCAAAUAACCUUAAAAUAUUAUUAGUGGACGUGGAGAUUUUUUGAUUCAGGAUAGAAAUUAAUAAUUGAAUAGUUUUUUCAAGCGAGGUAAAUAAAAAAAAUUGAUUUUUUUUUGCUAAUUUUAACAUUGUGGAGGAUGACGUGUAACAGAUGUCCCUCAGUAUUAUUAUAUCAUCACUCAAGAUCCAGAUGAGUUUUCAUCAAAUGUGCUGUUUCAGCAUAAAAUCAAAUAUCAAAUAAUUAUUUUCAUGCUUGGUGGAGUAUGAGAGUUGAUAUUGCCGAGAAAUGAGUCGUGUGAGUUAAUGAGCGGUUAAUGCAUUCAUUUUACCUGUCCACUUCGUUAAAGAAAGCGUUAAUCUAUUUAAAAUCAUUUGGGUAACACCUGUCUUACAAUAGUGGACAUAGGAAUGUCAUUGUAUGUUUUGAACAAUGGUCCGUAAUAUACUUUCUACAUAGAUGGGCUCUGCUAACCCAGCUUUCAAUAGUCUUGCACUGCUCAGUUCACUACCUUUUGCAAAUAUUUUCUGUUUUUUAAUUUAUGCACAUUGGUGACUGAUCACAACUGGAAAUUUGUGUCCGGAAGAGUCCAAUAGAUAAAGUACCUAAAUUUCAGGUACUCUAAUAUUUGCAACUGCAGGCUUUGUAAAAUAACAUGCAUUUUAUCUUUGAGCUGUAGUAAAAUUUUAGUCAUUCCUGAAUUUUAUUGUAAAUAUGGAAUUAAGUAAUAAAGAAUAGCAACGUUGGAACUCAGUGCUAAAACUGAAUAUUCAGAUGACUGGAAUUAAGAGGGUAGAUGAAAUUUAUUGGGUGUAGUCCUCCUUGGAAUAAUUUUUGUUAUAAUACUUUGGAGACAAUAGCGUCCGUACAAAAAUGCAUAUUAAUGUUGUUAAAUUUGAUACAAGUAAACAUUUGUUUCCAUGUUUUAAAUAUAUGGAAUGAAUGGGGCAUUUAUUGUGUUUCAAAAAUUUUUAGUUUUUUGAGCUUGUCUCAUGCUAAAAGUCUGAGCUAUUUGCUUAUGGAGUCCUAUGGUGUGUGUGUGUGUGUAUAUGUAUGUGUGUAUGUAUAUAUAUAUAUACACAUACAUACACACACACACAUACACACACACAUAUACAUAUAUAUACAUAUAUAUAUCAAUCAUUGCUGGUCAUGAAAUACCCUCCGAUAUGAAACCAAAUAUAGUUUGUCAUUUACUAAUGUACUACCAAUAUUUUUGUGCAUUGAUUUCCUUUACAAUUAUGGCACAAUGAUUGGAUUUCACUGUUGAUGACCACAAAUAUUUUUGUUAAUAAACUGCAUGUUGUUGUAAUGAUAAAU